GAUAUUGCAAUUGGCUGUCGUUGCGCGGGCGUCGAUUGAAGCGACUGGCAACCCUGGACAGCUUCUAAAGGACUGCUACAACAGCCCAGAGGAUGAUUCCGGUCCGAGCGACUUCAGCUGGUUCAUGGAGGAACGCCCAGCAAGACUGGUGCUACAGCAGUUCUGGUGGUCGCAGAAGCAUCCGCGUCAGGUGGCGGCGGGGGGCGAUGUCAACUCCAGCUCCGGCACGAACCCGCUGCCACUGCGGCACACCCCGCUGCCGCUGACGCUCUUCACCAUGGCCUCCCUGGACCGACUGCCGCUGCUGCAGGCGCAGUGCAGGAGCUACCCGGGGCCGCUGUCCGCGGCGGUGUACCUGCCACUGCUGGUGCAGGCGGGGGCCGGGGCGGGGACGGAGGCGGACGCGGGCGCGCAGCACCCCCAGGGGUCGGACCCUGCGGCGGCCGGGCGGCCAACGGGGGCUGCUGCUGGUGCUGCUGCUGCUGCUGCUGCUGCUGGUGGUGCGGUGCGGCCGGAGCUUGCGGCCGCCAUCCAGCAGCUGCAGGCCCUGUUCUCCGCCCUGGAGUCGGAGCCCGGCGCCUGCGGGCUGCUGCUGGGGCUGUACAGCGAGGCCACGUCCGACCCCGCCAUGGCCGCGCUCAUGCCCACCAACGCGCUGCGCAACGCGGCGCUGCUGGCGGCGGGCGGCGCGGGGCCACUGGUGGCCAUGGUGGACGUGGACCUGGGCGCCAGCGCGGGACUGGCGCGGCUGGUGGCGGACCAGAGGCGGCUGCCGGCGCUGCUGUCCCGCGCGCUGCACGGUCGCGGCCUGCUGGUGCUGCCGGCCUGGGAGCCGGACCGGUCACUGAGCCGGCGGCUGGGAGACCAGCUGGCGGACAGGGCGCUGGCGGGCGACAAGGGGGUGCUGAAGCGGCUGUGGCUGGGCGGACCCGGCAACGCCACCGGACUCGGCGCCGGCGCCGGCAAGGGGCAGUGCCGCGGCGUCGCUGACGUGCCCGCAGGCGCCGACGCGGACGCCGCCAUUGCGGCCGGGUGUCCGGACCUGAUGGUUCCCUUUGACGUCAAGUCCUUCGCCGCGGGGCAUCGAGCCACCGACUUCCUGCGCUCGCUGGAUGCGGGCCCCGGCGAGGACUACCCGAUAGAGUACGAGAGCGGCUUCGAGCCCUGGUUCAUUUGCGCCAGGGAGCUCAUGCUGCCGUACGACGAGCGGUUCCGCGGCUGGUACGGCGACAAGAUCACGCAGGUGCGGGCCAUGGCCGCAGCCCGGCGGCGCUUCUGGGUGUCGGCCGACGCCUGGCUGGUUCACCGCCCGCACCCGCCCGCGCCCGCCCGCGCGCUGUUCCGGAACGAGGGCGGCCGCAGCAACGUCACCGUGCAGGGCGUGGCGGCGCUGGAGCAGGUGGUGCGGCCCCGCCUGCUGCGGCGCACCAAGUUCCAGGCCUACGUGACGCACAGCAAGAACAUGGACUUCUGGCAGCGCCGGGGGCUGGUGCUGGGCGGCUGGAGGCCCACACUGAGCGCCGCCACGCAGCGGUGCUGGCAGCAGCUGCCCUGGUGGCGGAGACACAAGCAUGAAGGGCGCCACUGACAACUGUGCCCGGCGCGGAAGGGAUGCAGGGCGGGCAGGUUGAGGCAGGAAAGGCGUUGGCGUUCAAGGAGUCUGGCUGGCACCAGAGAGUGAAAGCUAACGCGUGAGGUGGUGGGCGCAUGCCACAUGCGACUGGAGGGGCUUGAGGGGACGUCGUGCGCAGAGGAGAGAGGGUGCAGGUCAUUGCAGGCUGCGGCGUGCGUGCGUGAAGGACUGGCAUGCAGAGGGUUCGGCGAUGACCGGAGGUGGUUGAGUGGAGGGUGGAGACUGAUGGGGGCCGUGGAGGCAAGGCCUUGCGCAAGGUGCUUACGUGUUCAUACUGCUAUAUGCGCAGCAAUGAUGCAAUGAUCUCCACGGGAGGUCAAUGUAACAGGGGCCCAAG